CCAACUGUUGUUCCUUGUUGGUCUUGGCUACACAAAUCCGACUUAUGCUGCUACUUUCCAACCUUUGAUACCAGUCUUCACGUUCAUACUUGCUGUGCUCAUGGGUGCAGAGACUGCGAAACUUUAUACUUUGGAAGGUCAGACAUAAGUUGGAGGUACCAUCGUUUGUGUUUCUGGGGCUUUCCUAAUGGUUGUAUUCCGUGGUCCAAUAAUGGUGUUUGGAGACGGAAUAAGGGUCAAUCAGAACCUGCUGGAUGGCUACUGUCUAGUUUUCUGGUACUUGAUAGUUGGCACCUCGGUGUCUUAUGCUUAAUAUUGAACUGUAUGUGUGUGGCAGCAUACUUAGCUCUUCAGGCUCCAGUUUUGAGAGAAUACCCGGCAAGCAUAUCAUUGACAGCAUAUUCUUACUCUUUUGGCCUUCUAUUAAUGAUAGUAACAUCAUUCUUUAUGACCAAUGGAUCAACAAGUUGGUAUUUGACACCAUCUGAAGUUGUAGCUGUGUGCUAUGCUGGAAUCGUUACCUCAGGGCUGAACUACGGACUAAUGACAUGGUGCAAUAAAGUUAUUGGCCCUGCUUUAGUUUCUCUAUACAGUCCGCUUCAAGCUGUUGCAACAGCAAUUUUGUCUAGUAUUUUCCUUGGAAGCGAUAUUUAUCUUGGAAGCAUUUUGGGAGGAGUUCUCAUUAUAGCAGGGCUUUAUUUAGUAACUUGGGCAUCUUAUAGAGAGAUGCAGGCAGCUAAGGCAACUGUUCCUCAUGCUCCUCGGAUGACGGAUCCCCUAUUGUCACACCAGAUACAACACAUUUCCUCUGUUACUUCUUCUUCGAUGCCAAAGAUCAAUGACUAGAUAUUGCUACAGAUAUCAUUUGCAUGUCCGUUUCUUCGUCUUCUUUAUUAUAAUAUGUAAGUUCACUGCUAAAAAGAAUGACAAAUAUGUAUUACAGUUUUAUCAA